AUGCUGCAUUCUAGUAAAGGAAGCCGUCCAAGAACAAAAUCUACGAAAGCCCAAGUGAAGUCUACUCUAAAUUUACAUGUUAAUGAUGACACUGAGAAAGUGGAAGCUGCCAUCUUUUUCCUACGCUGCCAGGAAUGGAUGACAAGGAAAUACAUCGAAGAGAUACGUAUAAUAUAUCUUAAACCACUAGAUGAGCUAUGUAGUGGGAAAAAGUCGACAAUUGAAUCUGUAAGUAAAUCGAUGGAAUCUUCAAGCAGUAGUUCAGCUCACGAAGCGAUUCCUACAAAUAUAAUUGAUGACGAUGGUGACAGCCGUAUGACAAGCAUCGAUAAAGUCACCGAAAAACUACAAAGAGCGCUAAAAGCACUACAACGGGAUGAUGGGGAUACGACACAAGAUUAUCGACCAGUAACUCGUGAAAAAACAGUUUCAUUAGCUGAUUGUUGUGCAUUGUAUCGGUUGAAGACAAUUCUAAAAGCAACACAUGAACUAUUGGAUAUACAAGCAAGCUUGGAUAAAUGGUUCGAAAAUAAUAAAGCCAACAUGAAUAUACAUAAGGGAUUAUUAAAAAAUUUAUUAAUUAAUGCUCUUACAAAUUUUGAAAUGGCAUAUAUAAUCACAGAAUUAUUUGCUAUUCAACAAGUACCACCACAAGAAAUUCGAAAAACUAAACCAGAAUAUAGCAAAUAUAUUCGACCACACAUUGGUAUGAGGGACAUCGCGAUUAUCAACAAACUACCCAAUAAAGGAAUUAUUACUACAGAAUGCAUAAAAACACUUGAGGGACAGAUCAAUCAUUUCAGAACAGUAGUGUAUGAAAUGGCAAAGAAUCUCGAAAUUAUUAUUGAAACAAUUGUUGCAAAUGUUCGAAAUCAUCAUUUGGAAGUAAACAUAAAACAGGUAGCAAUAAUUAUCGGUAAUUUGCCGCCUAAAUAUCGCUUUCCAGAAACCAUUCAUCUUACGCCUUUUGCAAAAAAAUUAUUAACAAAUGUAUCACCGAGUCCGGAAACCGAAGAUGUAUUUGGCAAUUAUUCGGACAAUUCACAUAGUGGUCGCAAUUAUUCGAAACUGUUAGCUGGACCAUCACAAACACCUAAAUCACGUUCUACUCGAAGUCGUUCAGACACUUGA